AUGUUGACAAACGUACUUUUGACAAUUUUUAUAAGUGCUAGUGUAAAAUCUCAAUCAAACAAAGAUCUAUAUAAUGGACAAAGUAAUGAAUAUUAUACUAGAACCCAAGAAGGCUCACACGAGUCCAGGCUGCCAAAUCCUGGAGACAGUGAUUACAGAACCUACGUUUAUAAUAAUAGAAGAUAUGGAACUGAUCCAUCACGGUAUAACCCAUACAAUCCAAACAUUAAUCAGCCUGGUGGAUUUCCCUAUAAUCCCAUAAUAACUAACCCGUUGGAUGAUCAAUUUAAGUACAAUACAAAUAGGGAUGCAAACAAUCCAGAUGCUCUAUUUCCUGGUGUUUUGGGAGGUUGGAGAGAAGAUCUACAAGGCCGAGAAAGGAGAGACUCUCGGCAAUUGAAAAGAGAUAUUUUUGUUAAUACCAAUUAUGGACAAGUUCAAGGAUUUAAAGUAUAUUUAUAUGAUAACCCAGAACCAAGUUCAGGGUACAGGCCGUGGCUGACCCCAGUGGAGAGGAUACAGGGUGAAGUCUCUGUGUUCCUUGGUAUACCUUAUGCGAGACCGCCUGUAUUAGAAGGCAGGUUUAAGCCACCAAGACAACAUCCCGGAUGGCAAUUAAUGCAAGCAGUUGACUGGGGCCCAGCAUGUCCACAACCAGUGAGAUUUACCGGAGCUACCAAAGGCAUAAGGGAUAUGGACGAGGAUUGUCUCUAUCUUAAUAUAUUCUCACCUCAUACGGAAGCAGGUUCAACAGCUCAGAAGUACCCGGUAAUGGUGUACAUACACGGGGGGCAGUUUGCGUCUGGCGCGUCCAAUCUGUUCCCCGCGCAUAUGUUGGCGGGUUUCUAUGAAGUUGUUGUAGUGUCCUUUAAUUACAGGCUAGGAGCUUUAGGUUUCCUCUCAACAGCCGACGAGAAUUCCCCCGGGAAUUAUGGGAUCCUCGACCAAGCGAUGGCACUCCGCUGGGUCCGGGAUAACAUAGGCUCGUUCAACGGCGAUCCCGACUUGAUAACCCUGUUCGGUCCCGGCGCGGGGGCCGCGUCCAGCGGACUGCUGGCCGUGGCGCCUCAGACCAGGAGUAUAGUGUCCAGGAUUAUAGCACAGAGCGGUUCACCAUUAGCAGAUUGGGCACUCAUUCAGGAUAAGUACAGAGUCCAGAACACAUCGCUUGUGUUCGGACGGCUGCUCGGCUGUCCCAUAGACACAUCGUGGAAACUUGUCAACUGCCUCCGUCAAGGGAGGAGCUUCUAUGAGUUGGGGAAUGCAGAGUUUCAGCCCCACGUCGGCUUCAUCCCGUGGGGCCCGGUGCUGGAGAAUAACUUUACGUUCCCGGGGGAUGAGUGGUACGAGGGGUGGAGGGAGCGGGACUGGCACUUCCUGGGGACCACUCCCGAGGAGCUGAUCGCGAGGGGGAUGUUCAACCCCUCACUGCGAUACAUGACGGGGGUCACCACGCAGGAGGCUGCUUAUGUUUUGUAUUCGAACGAGUCGCUAGCGCCCACCUACGAGGUAGACGAGCGCUGGUUCGACCAGAAGGUGCGCGAGUUCGUGCUCCGCUACAACUACACGCUGAACCCGCGCGGCGUGUACGACGCCGUGCGCUACAUGUACACCUACCACCCCGAGCCCCACAACGCUAGUGCUAUACGAGACCAGUAUGUGCAUUUCCUCUCAGACUUCCUCUACAGAGCACCAACAGACAAAAUGGUCAAAUUACUCCUGGAACAAAGAGUACCAGUCUACAUGUAUGUAUUGAAUACAACCGUAGAAGCCUUCAAUUGGCCAGAAUGGCGACGAUAUGCCCACGAUACAGAACAUUUCUUCUUAACUGGUGCACCUUUCAUGGACCAGGAGUUCUUCCCGAGGAGGUACAGGAUCGAGAGGCAAGCCUGGACACCGAAUGAUAGAAACAUGAGUCACUUCUUUAUGAAGGCGUACUCGGAUUUUGCUAGAUUUGGGAACCCAACCCGCUCUCGUAUAUUAGGACUUCACUUCGAAAUGGCAGAAGCAGGUCAACUUCGGUACCUAAAUCUGAAUACAACGUUCAAUUCGAGCAUCCAACUAAACUAUAGACAAACCGAACUCGCCUUUUGGACGGUGUACUUACCAAGUGUCAUAGGGAGAUUGGUGCCGACCUACCCACCGAUAACUGAGUAUUGGUGGGAGCCAAAGCAACCGCUGCAGAUAGCUUUCUGGUCAGUGUCCAGCGCCUGUCUUGUCCUCAUAGUUUUGUUGGUGGUCUGCUGUAUGCUGUGGAGGAAUGCUAAGAGGUCAAUCCCACCCAAGUGGAAGUUAGUACCGACCACAGAAACAGAUCGGUAUUACAAUGGCGAUAUAUUCAUGGUGCCGGAGCUAGAGAGCGGCAUAGACAACGCGUCUCGCUCCAGAGACAAUAUAUACGAGUACCGCGACGUGCCCGUCAAGAGGGCUCUCUCGCAGACUUUGACUAGAACUGUCAGCCAACCCCAAACCCUCCAGUCGCUCGCCCCGUCCGAGGCCUCCUCCGACACCGCGAUAUCCCUCAAGGGGGUCUCGCACGCCCCGCGCGGCCCCUCGCCCGCGCCCCGCGCGCGCUCGCGCACGCAUUUGGUGCAGGGGGUGCCGCAGACCACCGUG